UCAUGUGUUAAGGAGGCUAACAUUAGUGUAAAAGGUUCAUUCUGAGUGGAGCUGAACAUCUUCAUGCAUCUGCUGCUGAGGGUAUUGUUUCUUUAAAAAUGGCUCUCCAAAAGCUGUUUGGAUACUUUGUGCUGAUCCUUCUGUUCUCCAAUGGUUGUCAAUCACAGGAGCCUGUGUGUGGCAAAGCAGCUGGAAGCAAGUCACGGAUCAUUGGAGGUCAAGAUGCCCAGCUGGGGGACUGGCCCUGGCAGGUAUAUUUUACUACAAGUUAUUCCUCCUGUGGAGGGUCGCUGAUAAGCAAUGAAUGGGUGCUAACAGCUGCUCACUGCAUAUCAAGAGACGACCUCAACUACACAAAAGUCCAACUUGGUGUUGUACAACCAGACAGCGUUUCCAACUCGACUAAAGUUACUCGAAGACUCUCUGAAAUCAUCUGCCAUCCUGAGUACGACUCUUUAACAUCUGAGAAUGACAUCUGUCUUCUGAAGCUUUCGGCUCCCGUUGACUUUACUCCCUACAUCCAGCCGAUCUGCUUGGCCUCAGAGAACAGCACUUUCCAUGAUGGCCUUGCGAGCUGGGUCACUGGUUUUGGCGUCACUGAAACCCGGCGUAUUGGACUUGGAUUAAAUCCCAGCUCUCUGCAGGAAGUACAGGUGCCAAUAGUUGGAAACAACAGAUGCAUGUGCUACUACUACGAAACAUUCAUGAAUGCACUUCUUUUCAAUCCUAACCUAAACACAAAUAACUACUUGUGUGCUGGAUUUAAAGAGGGAGGAAAGGACUCUUGUCAGGGAGAUUCAGGUGGACCGUUGAUGGUUCAACUCCAGAAUAGUUCUCAGUGGGUCCAGGCUGGAAUUGUGAGCUUUGGUGAGGGAUGUGCUGUCCCAAUGAAACCGGGUGUCUACACCCGAGUGUCCCAGUACCAGAGCUGGAUCAAUGACACGGUCACUGGCAUGGAGCCGGGCUUUGUUACCUUCACCUCGCCAGGCAUUGACAGCGACCUAAGCUUCACCUGUACCACCACCACCUCCGCCCCCGCCCCCCACACCACCACUCCCAGUAUGACCACUGACGACAGUAUUUUUGGCAGUGGGGAAACCCUGAGCCACUUCACUCACUUUGUGGGAAUUGCUGUUCUUGCUCUGUUCCUUCAAUUUCUUGUGGGUGGUGCUUGGAAGUAAAUGUCUUACUGGGGAUUAUGCAAUGCACAGAUGGGAAAAAGGUUAUGUUUUAUACUUCACUGCAGUAUAAAAUAUGUGCUACUAAAACUGGUAUCUUAUUGAUGGAAACAAGUAAUGCAAGUUUUAAAAUUGAGUUCUUUUUCUUUUGAGGAGUCAACUAAACUAAUUUUAGUUGUGCUGUUAAUAUGUAGCUAAGUAACGUGGGGUUAAUCUGAACUAACAGGAGUACAGGAAUAUUGUGAUCUUACCAAUCAAGUAAUACGAAUGAUCAAAUAUCAUUCGUAUCAGAUAUCAAGUUGAUUCUAGUCUGAUCCAUUUUUAAUCUGUUAUAAUUAAUUUUAGUUUUCAGACAUUUGGUGUCAAAAAUUAAAUAAACAUGUUUUCAUUGCAUUU